GUAUAUCCUACCUACCGAGGUGGAGGGACGAUGCCACGGUCUCAUAAUAACAGACAGUGCACGUAGGCUGCUGAGCGCGUCAGCGGAAUUAAGAAUAGAAAGCGUAAAAACAGAUUGGGAGACUAUAAGAGGGUAGCAAAGACAGUUUAUGCAACUAAAAAUAAAUCGUUAAAAACAAACAAGGAAAACACUUGAAACUGGAGGAACUCCUGGCUUUCAUUCCCAAAAGUGAUUUUUUUCAUUAUGAAGAAGAGCAAUUUGGCCAAACGGGGUCCUCAAGAUGUCAACCAGCUUUCAUGCCAGCCUGAUAAAGUCGGCUGGAUCCGCAAGUUCUGUGGCAAAGGGAUUUUCAGAGAAAUAUGGAAAAACCGUUUCGUGAUGCUUAGAGGAGACCAUCUGUACAUCUCAGAGAAAGAGGUAAAGGAUGAGAGGAAGGUCCAGGAGGUGUUUGACCUGGCUGACUACGAACGCUCAGAAGAGUUGCGCAAGGCCAAGAGCCGAAGUAAAAAGAAUCACAGCAGGUUUACCCUACUUCGCUGCAAGCAGCCUGGGAACACGGUGCCAAAUCUUGUGUUUUUAGCCGUUAGCCCGGAGGAGAAGGAGUCCUGGGUCAAUGCCCUGAAUACAGCCAUUAUUAAAGCAAAGAACCGUGUUUUUGAUGAGGUCACCAUUGAAGAGGAUAGUGUCCUGGUGCACCCUACCCGUGAUCGUGCUAAGAUUCCCCAUGCAAGGCGUCUGCCCACACGGGGACACCUCAUGGCUGUGGCAUCCACCUCCUCUGACGGAAUGUUGACUCUUGACCUUGUCCAUGAGGAAGAUGACUUCACCCAAGAAGAUGAAGAAGAAGACUUCUGGGAAAAGAACUACCGGGUUGACCUGGAAAAACGGGCCCACGGUCGUAAACGUUCGAGCACAGACAUCUCGAAAUUCAGAGUGGCCGCCAGGGAUCCAAGAGUACCGAAGACAGGAAGCCUGCCUCGCGGGAGCGAGCUCUCCUGGGGCCAGGGGCACCAUCUUGAGGCUCAGUCCUGCACCCCUCAGCCAGGGAAGCGAUUCAGUGGUAGGAGCCGAUGUGCCUCCAUGGACGAGGUGCUUUCCUCACGGCCAUUUAGAGGUGUCCUUGGCCCUCGGCCCGCAGAUGAACCCGUCCAGCCGGUCGGACAACUGCAGAGUCUUAUUGCCCAGAAAAUGCAGAGGGCUCAGGAACUGCUAGAAGAAAUGCGAUUGGAGGAACUGCAACGUGUGAAGGGCUUGGAUUCACCCUACCUGAAGGGCAUUGAUUCGCCCCGUUUGCACCACCUGAGAGGCUCUGAGUCGCCCCACUCCAGGGCAUCAGGUUCGCCUCGCAGUAAGAGUAGUGACUCACCUCGUUUGAGGGUUAAAGACUCACCUCGUUUGAGAGGGAAAGACUCACCACGUACAAAGGGCUGCAAGAAGUCCCGUUCAAAAGGUACAGACUCACCCCACUCAAAAGGUGCCGACUCCCCUAAUUUGAGGGGUAAUGACUCUCCCCAUCCCAGGUUUACCGAUUCGCCCGGUCUAAGAGCUCCUGACUCGCCCCGUGUGAAGGGAUCUGAUUCUCCUCGUGUCAAGAAAACAGACUCGCCAAGCGUGAAGCGUUCUGACUCCCCACAUCUAAAGAACAUUGGUUCACCUUUUUCAAAAAGUUUCGACUCAUCGUGUCUGAAGGGUCCUGACAUUAAGGAUACCGGUUCCCCUGUUCUGAGGGGUAAGGACUCUCCAAAUCUAAUUGGUAGGGAUUGUCCAAGUCUGAAGAGUACCGUCACUCCUCUGAAGGCUACUGACUCACCCUAUAGCAGAAGCGCAGACCCGCUCCUCGGUGACUUGGAUCUGGAGAGCAGACGGGCAGAGGCCGAGCGUCUUCUGCAGGAAGCCGUCUCCUCCUGGCGUCAGGCUCAGGAGGUGCUGGAGGAGGUGAAGGAGCUGCAGACGCAGUCGCUGAACCGUCGCUCGGAGAAGAAGUCAAUAAGCGGAACACAGAGACAGCCGCUGGACGAUAGGCUGGACGACCCAUGACCCCGUAGCCACCGGAGCGCAGAAGCAUCUGGGCCCGUCUCCAAAACAAAGACAAUAUAAAAGAGCACAAGGGGUCGAUACAUUUACGUGUCACAUUUUUAUUGUCAUUGCUAGCCAGUGCUGACGCACAAAGCUUUUAGAGUUUCUUCUCCCAUUGCACUUUCCUAUGUUGAUCCUUGUGUUUAUAUAUAAAUAUAUAUACUGUGUACUAUUCAAAUGAUGCUGUAAUGAUGCAAUUCUUUUAUUAGCACUGCUUGCUGAUAUGAAUUGGUUGGAUGGACCUUGAACCCAAAAUAUAUUUUCUGUGUCUGCACUGUGUUUUUCCUUCCCCUUGUCAAGGGCUCUGUGGACGGGGGGUGGGGGGCUUCUGCUGAGCUGUACAGCAGAGCAUGGCUCAAACCUGGUGUAACGCAGGCUGAGAGGCAUAAACAGGGCAGGAGUGGAGGUGCUGUGCCUCGAUGACACACUGAAUCCCCCAGGGAAAUCCAUGCUGUACAUGUAUUUACAUGUAUUAUCUGUCUGAGGUAAAAUAUGUUUCAUGGGGAAAUGCUGUGUGCUAAAAACCUAAAAGCAAACAGUUUUUUUUUUAAAUAAUGGAUGUAUUAGGAUAAUUAUUUUCAACUUGAAGCCAACAACGUUCAAGGAAUCAUAUACCCUGUUUGGAUUAUAUUCUUUCAGUUAGCUUUUUCAGUUAGCUUCAGACUAACCAUUUGUGUAGUUAUCUUCAAACAUUAGGAAUAAUGCCCGUCUCUCCAAAUCACAGGUGCACUUGAUGUUGGUUUCUUCAGAGGCUGAACACAGAGGCCAUGAUUAUCUUACUCUGCCAGAUAAUGAGUUAUUUCAUCAGCCCCGCUGUUUCUUAACUUUGCUGUAGCAUAAGACAGCAAAUGUAUCUGUUUACAUUAUGCUAUCAAAUUGAAUAUCAUUUCAUCAAUUGAAUUCUAGAUAUUUAUAGCUAAUAAUCACAGACCAAUAAUCACUCUGAUUGUGUGGAACAACUUUGUGCUAUUAAAUUGGCUUUUGUCUUCUAGUCGUGUUA